AAAUAUGAGAACGAAAACACUGAAAAAUAAUGUUGCGUUCGUUAAGUUUUAAACUUAGCACUAUAAUUCAAUGGUAACUAUUGAAAACAGCGAAAAAGUUGAUUACAGUGCACGCGCAACCACUUACCUUUUGUUUACAUUUACAAUUGCAUUUUGGGCUCGCUGUUUACUUCGGACUUGUAUGUAUUUCGCAAAAUUUUAAAUUACUGAAGAAUUAUAUCAAUGGGUCGCUCCUCCAAAGAUAAACGAGAUGUGUAUUACCGCCUUGCAAAAGAAGAAGGUUGGCGUGCAAGAAGUGCAUUCAAAUUGUUGCAAAUUAAUGAAGAAUUUGGUUUAUUCAAAGAUGUGAAAAAAGUUGUUGACUUGUGUGCUGCUCCUGGAAGUUGGAGUCAAGUUUUGUCUCGAAAGCUAAGAGGCAAUGCUGAAGACCCUGAUGAUAUAAAGAUUGUUGCUGUAGACUUACAAGCUAUGGCCCCCUUACCAGGUGUAAUUCAAAUACAAGGUGAUAUAACAAAGGUGUCAACAGCUGAAGAAAUAAUUAGUUACUUCAAAGGUGAAAAUGCUGAUCUUGUAGUAUGUGAUGGAGCUCCAGAUGUUACGGGCUUGCAUGAUCUUGAUGAAUAUAUUCAAGCACAACUUUUAUUGGCUGCUUUAAACAUUACUACACAUCUUUUGAAAAAAGGUGGAACUUUUGUGGCAAAGAUAUUUAGAGGCAAAGACGUGACCUUGUUAUUUGCUCAGUUGAAAAUAUUUUUCAACAAUGUUACUAUUGCUAAACCUCGCAGUAGCAGAAAUUCUAGCAUAGAAGCAUUUGCUGUGUGCCAAGGCUACAAUCCUCCUGAUGGAUACGUUCCAAAUAUGAUGAAUCCUUUAUUAGAUUUGCAAUAUGAUGAUUUCACACAACUAACUGGUGUUAAUCGCUUCAUUGUUCCUUUCGUAGCAUGUGGAGAUUUGAGUGCUUAUGAUUCUGAUAAAACUUACUCUUUGCAGUUAAAUGAAGAUCACGUUUAUGAAUAUCGUCAACCAACUCAAGUUCCAAUUGAUCCUCCUUAUAAAGAAGCUGUACAAUUAAAACGGGAAAAUAAAUUAGCUCAACCACAAACUCAGAUGUUUGCACCAUCAACUUCCAAAGAAUGUGGUAGUUCUGCAAUGAACAUAGAUUCUGAACAAACGUUAAGUGCAGAAACUGUAACUGCACAAAACAAUUUGAAUCUUGAAACAUUAACUCUCACUAAUCCUGAAAAUCCUUAAAAGAAAAGUCUUGUUUUUAUUCGUUUGUCAUUUUGUACUAUAAUGUGUUAUUUUAUCAAACUUUUUAUACAAAUAAAUAAACUAUCAUGUUUUUUA